CUAACCCAGCCUGGCCUGAAGGGACCUGACCUGGCUUCACCAAACGGACCGUCCACCCCUUUACGCCCGUCAAGUCAAUAUGGUCAGGCUGCGCGAGAUCUCGCGCACGGCGGCCUUUGCCUGGUCACCUGGUGCUGCGAAACCAUUGGUGGUAACCGGAACGAGGGCUGGGGCCGUGGAUGCUGACUUCUCCGACGAGACGAAGUUGGAACUUUGGGAUCUAAACCUCGACAACCAAGACCAAGGACUCGAGCUCCAGCCCAUUGCGAGCAUCGCUGCCGACUCUAGGUUCUACGAUAUUGCCUGGGGUCAGCCCUCCGACGACCAUCCGCAGGGUAUCAUUGCCGGCGCUCUCGAGAAUGGAUCGCUCGAUCUCUGGGAUGCAGCGAAGCUCAUCUCUGGCGAAUCGGACGCCCUGAUGUCGCGAACAACAAAGCACUCGGGAGCUAUCAAGGCGCUGCAAUUCAACCCUCUGAGACCUCAAAUCCUGGCCACUGCCGGCGCGAAAGGGGAGUUGUUCAUUUAUGACGUGCACGACCCGUCCAACGCAUUUCGGCUAGGCAAUGCUGCGGCCCGCUCCGACGACCUAGAAUGCGUGGCGUGGAAUACGAAAGUUGCCCAUAUUCUCGCUACGGGAGGCUCUGGCGGUUUCGUCACUGUAUGGGACUUGAAGACCAAGAAAGCGUCGCUGACGCUGAAUAAUAACCGGAAGGCCGUCAGUUCUAUUGCCUGGGAUCCCAACAACUCGACGAAACUAUUGACCGCUACCCCUGACGACACAGCCCCUGUCAUCCUGCUCUGGGACUUGCGGAACUCCAAUGCGCCCGAGAGGACCCUUCAAGGUCACGAGCAAGGCGUCCUAUCUGUCUCCUGGUGCCAGCAAGAUGGAGACAUUCUGAUCUCGUGUGGCAAAGAUAAUAGGACGCUAGUGUGGAAUCCUCAGACGGGCGAGCGUUAUGGGGAAUUCCCCGAGGUUACUAAUUGGACCUUCCUUACACGAUUCCACCCUCACAACCCUGGUCUCUCAGCGACGGCGUCCUUCGACGGGAAGAUAACAAUCCAGACGCUCCAGAACACGAAUCCAUCAGCUGUUCAGAGCACGACCCAAAGUGGCUUAGAUGGCGAAGACUUCUUCACACAAGCCCAGAGACAACCCCAAGGCGCCUCUUUCUCCUUGGCAAAGGCUCCGAAAUGGCUCGAGACGCCGGUCGGGGUCUCGUUUGGGUUUGGUGGGAAACUCAUCAUCUUUAAACAAACCCCCCCGCAGGCCGGCCACAAGCGCUCUUCCACCAUUCAAAUCUCGCAGUUCUCAGUUGAUUCCGAGAUUGGAACAGCUACGGAAAAGUUCGAAGAGUCUCUGAAAUCUGGUGAUAUUGAAUCUAUAUGUGAGUCGUAUAUAGAGCAAGCGAAGACGGAAGAGGAGAAGGCCGAUUGGCGGGUACUAGAGACUCUAGUCGCCGACAAUCCGCGGAAACAUAUCGUUGAAUAUUUAGGAUUUGGCGGUGACGAAGCAAAAGAAGAGGAUGCGUCCAACGGGGUUGCCGACGAGGCUUCUGAGACGAGGGAAGCGGAGCCAGAGAAGCCCAACUUGGAAGUGAAAACACAUAAGAAGCGUAUUUCGACAUUUUUCUCCGAAGGGACGGAAGGUGACGGCGAGGACUUCUUGGCGAGUCUCUCCGCCACAAAAGGGGCUAAGACUGACAGCCCCUUCCAUUUAUUCGCUGACAGCGACACUGCGGUUGAGAAGCAGAUCACCAAGACUCUGAUCCUGGGCCAUUUUGAGAAAGCAACUGAGAUAUGCUUGAAAGAGGGCCGCAUGGCAGAUGCUUUCAUAAUUGCGAACUGUGGUGGAAAGGAUCUUGUCGACAAGGUUCAGUCUGCUUACUUGUCCCAAAAAACGGGGAUACCCAGCUAUCUGCGACUUCUGGGCUCUGUCAUCGUUAAGAAUCUGUGGGAUGUCGUGUACAACGCCGACCUGGCUGAUUGGAAGGAGACUAUGGUGUCGCUCUGCACGUUUGCAGACCCCGCCGAGUUCCCUGAUCUCUGCGAAGCGCUGGGUGACCGGAUCUACGAAUCGGGCUCGAGAAAAGACGCCUCAUUCUGUUAUUUAGUCGGGUCCAAGCUCGAGAAGGUUGUCGAUAUUUGGAUUGGCGAACUCGAAGAAGCCGAAAAAGCUGGCUUGGCCGAAGCCAACGAUUCCACCUUCUCUAUACACGCCAGGUCCCUGCUACAUUUCAUCGAGAAAGUUACAGUAUUCCGCCAUGUAACCAAAUUUGAAGACACUGAGACGGGUCUUUCCUCUGGUUGGAAGCUUUCGUCUCUUUACGACAAGUAUGUUGAAUAUGCUGAUAUAGUUGCCGCACAUGGCCAGCUCCACAUUGCUCAGAAGUACCUGGCCCUUCUGCCUGCUCAGUACGCCGCCGCCGACAUGGCUCGUCAGCGUGUGCAGCUAGCCACGCGGAAACCAGCAUCUCAGCUUUCUGCUGCGAGGCAGCCAACACAACAACGACCCGCGGUAUCCUCGCAUUUGCCAUCUCGGACGCCCGGCCCAGCGGCUUACCAAGCACCCCAACCCGCGACGAGCAUCAGCCCAGCAAAUCCUUAUGCGCCAUCUACGGUCCAGGUUCCUGCGCCAAACCCCUACGCCCCUCCCAUUGCCAGCAAUCCUUAUGCUCCGCAGGGAUACCAACCACCACAGCCACAACCCGUCCAAGCGCCUCCUAACUACGGCCCGCCGCCAUCCACGUUUGGGGUUCCUCCAAGGGCAUCUACUUCAUCGAAACCUCCUCCCAGGGCCGUCGAUGGAGGGAAUUGGAACGAUGUUCCUAUGGUCACCAAACCCCCCCCACGAAGAAACACGCCCAGCGCGGUCCCCAUCACGACUCCGUUCCCGGGCCAGGCGAAUCAGCCAGUGCCACCACCGCAGCAGAGCCCGUAUGGCCUCCCUCGCGGGACUGCAACGCCACCGCCUCCCCCCAAAGGUGCAACACCUGGAAGGAUAGUUUCCCCUCUGGGUGCCCCCCCGCAGGCCGGCCAACUGCCACCUCCUCCCCGAGCCGGAUCUUCGGUGGCACAACAAGCAUACGCGCCGCCUCCGUCCACACAGGUUGGGGGCGGUCCUGGCUUACCGCCGCCUCCUAUAGGUCACGUCGUCCCUAGGACUAGCUCGCCCUACAAUCCGCCGCCAGCGGCGGCCCCGCCUCAUAAUCGAUACACCCCAGUACCGGUCCCUCAGACGAUCAACAAUCCUCCUCCACAGCCAGGAAUUAUACCGCCUCCGAAUGCCAAUCGAGCUCCUCCGCCAAACCCUUACGCUCCACAGGCAGCGCUGUCCCAUAAUCAGUAUGCGCCAUCCCCCUAUGGCGCUCCACCGGUACAGCAGGGACCGUCCUCCACGGGGCCUCCGUCGUCGAGCGGUGGCGGUCCAUCUCGCGCAACCCCUUCGCCCGCCCCUCCCCCCCCACGAGCUGCGGCACUAGCGAAGCCCAAACACCCCGUAGGCGAUCGCUCCCACAUUCCGCCCAAUGCUCAGCAGCUCUUCAAUAUCCUUAGCCAUGACAUGCAACGCAUUGCGAGCAAGGCUCCCGCCUCGUUCGCUCCCCAAGUCAAGGAUACACAGAAACGACUUAGCCUCUUAUUUGAUCAUCUCAACAAUGAGGAAUUAGUUCAGCCAGAUACGAUUGAAGAAUUGACUAAGCUAGCUCUAGCUCUAGAGUCCAAAAACUACCCGGAGGCACACCGCCUUCAGGUCGAGAUUCAGCGUGACAAGACAGAGGAAUGCGGCAAUUGGAUGGUCGGUGUCAAACGCCUAGUUUCGAUGAGCAAGGUUACAAACUAGAUGCAGAUGU